UAUAUUGCCAAUAACGUGUCAGUACGCCGGCAACCGUUGAAGCGAGUGGACUCAACAAGAAAUUUUCUGUCGAGUUGUCUGGCAAAAUUCUAGAUUAUUAUAGAAAAAAAAACGUGGUUAAUGCAAAGAGAAACAUUUAUAGAUGUUUCAAAAAAAAGAAAAAUAGUUCUCUUUUAGACUGUGCAACCUCAACAAUUUUACUGUCAUCAGCAUAAAAAGAACUCGACAGCCGAGAAUCCCUUUUCGAUUAGCUUUUACCUGAAUGCUAACCUUUUGGAAGAAGAAGACAAAUUUCAAAGAGAAAGAAUUUUUGCUAACUUUGACGGUGGGGCGACGUAUUCAAUAAAAUUAGAAAUUUUCAACGAGCCUUAUUAUCAACUAUACGAAUAAUUUCAUUUUAAGAAUGCAACAAAAUUUGGAUGAUGUAUACAAAGAUGUGGUAGUUAUUGGAAAUGGACCAAGUGGUAUUUGUUUAUCGUACAUGCUUGCCGGAAAUUGGCCCUAUUACAAUGGAAAUCCACAUCCUGGCGAUGAGAUGUUAACAGCACGAUUAAAAUAUAGUGUGGGAACACAAACACCAAGUCGAUUAGAUUACAAUGAAUUGAAAGAAAAUGAAUUUGAUAAUCGAAAACAGGGGAAAAAUCUUGUUGAAAAUAAUCAAGAGAAUUUGGAAAGUCUUUCACUUGGUUUAGAUGGUAGAGGUAGUAGGCCACUUGCAAGGCUUAUGGAUCAAUUGCAACAUCCUUGUACUGAUGCUGGUAUGGAUUUUCCAUCGUUACUUACAUGGAAAUCACCUGAACAAUGUCCCGAUCAUAAAAUUGUUGAUCAUGUUGUUUUGGGAAAAGGACCACCUGGAGGAGCGUGGCACUCCUUGGAUCCAAAUAUAUUGACAAUUAGUCUAAGUCGAUGGAUGUCAUUGCCGGGUUUAGAUUUAAGGCAUUGGGAAAUGUUAAUAACUGCAGAGAAACAAAGAACAAAUUUAAAUCGAAAUUCAAUGCAGGAAAAAAUUGGUGCAUGUAAACCAGCGAAAAGAGUUUCAAUUGGUACAGUGGCUGCAUAUUAUAGGGAUUACGUUACCAGACAGGGAUUGGAAAAAUAUUUUCGUUGUGGAACGACUAUAACAUCAGUUAGAGAAAAUUUUGACGAAAAAGAUAAUAAAAGAGGAUACGUUUGGUUAGUGCAUGGUUAUGAAAAUAUAAGUAGACGAACUUUUAGUUAUAAAUGUAGAAAAGUAAUUUUAGCAACGGGUACAAUUGACUCGUUAAAUCGUCUUGGAAUACCCGGUGAAAAAGCACAUAAUGAUUGGGUAACGCACGAUCUUAAUGUUCUUGAAUCAAGACUCAAUCAAAUGGUCAAUUCACAAGAUUCCUGUUCAAUAAUGGGUGAAUUUAAAACAAAAAGUAAAAAAACAGUGGAUCCAAUUUUAGUAGUUGGUGCAGGUCUAAGUGCAGCUGAUGCUAUAAUGGCGGCACGUUUUCGUGGAAUUCCUGUACUUCAUGCAUUUCGUGAUUCCUCUAAAGAUUGGAAUAAUGAGAAGCAAACAUUCGAUAGACUUAAAUGGCUUCCUGUUUCAAUUUAUCCGGAAUAUCAUAAAGUUUAUGAAAUGAUGGCAGACGGAGGUACAAAUUAUCCUCUUUAUAAAGCAUUACCGGGAUUCACUCUAAUGGACGUGAAUGAAACAUCCAAAGAUGAUGAUAAUCAAUCCAAAGAAAAGAGGGUCACUCUCUGUACUCCCGAUGGUCAAUUGAUUUCCUAUCAAGUCUCUCAUGCCGCUAUUCUCAUCGGAGCGAGGCCAGAUUUAUCUUAUCUCGAGAAUAAUGGCUUUGGCUUAGGAAAAUUUCGUGAUCUUUCAAUAGACAGUAAAUGGAAUCCUAUUGAAAUAAAUGAUUUUACUUAUGAAGUUAUUCAAGCUCCAAGAAAUGGCCUUUACGCACUUGGUCCUCUCGUUGGGGAUAAUUUUGUACGUUUUAUUUUAGGCGGUGCUUUUGCCAUUUUAGUGCACAUACACUCAUCCUCGUGUAAAUGAAAUCACUUUUGUUUUAUUAAAUUUUUUUUUUACACGUUUUUUUAUAAGUAGAGAAAACUAUUUUAUUUUCCCGCAAGUAAAAAAAAAAGUUUUUUCUCACUUUUUUUUUUUUUGUUAGAAAAAUAUUUAAAAGGCCGUUUGUCUUGUUACAAUCUCAGUAAAAAAGUUAAUGAUGAAAAAAAUAUUUUAGUCAAUUUUUUUUAUAAAUAAAUUCUUAAUUUUUGUUUAAUUUUAAAAAAUUUAUAUUUUUAUAGUUAAUAUAAAAUUUUAACAUUAACUUUUUUUUUGACAAAGACUGUCUGCCUUAAUGAAAAUUUUUCUUUCAAUUCCUUUAGAAAUUCAAAAAGAGAAUUGUAAAUUUUGUAGAUAAAACUAUUUUAUAAUGAAAAAAAAUAGUAUUUGGCGAAUUUUCUUCGUCGACUUUAUUGUAAAAAAAAAAUAUAUAUAUAUAUAUAUUCGAAAAAAAUUGAUUCUCUCGUCGGAUUAAGAAAUUUUGUAAAUACUCUUAAUUUUAUUUUUCUAUAUUGAUGAUUUUUGCGACAAUCCCAAUACAUUAUUACGCAAAAAUUAACUUACUAUAAGAAAGUAAGUAUGAAGUUGACUUUGCUGUGCAAAGUGAUUUGAGAGAAAAAAUUGAAUUACGAUGUUCAAUUAGAAAAUCAUUUUAUCAUAAAAUUUAAUUUUUAUCAUCGUUUGAUUUUUUUAUUCCUAAUAUUUAGUGGUAUUUACAGUCUAGUAAAAUUUUGUUAAAUAUAUUCGUUACCAUUAAAAUUUAAAAAAAAGGAAAUUUUAAUUAAAUGAAAAAAAGAGGCGCAACUUAUUUUGUGAUAAUCUAAUUUUUAUAAGAUAGUCUUUUUUUUUUAUUAAAUGUCUAUAUUUAGAAAAUUGAUUCAUUUUAAGGUUUAGAAACAUUUUUUAUUCUAAAAUUGUUCCAAUUUGUUAAAUAUUACAAUUGCCUCAGAAUGAAUAAAAAAAAAGACUGAAAUUUUUAAUAGAAAGGAAUUAAAUUUUUUUAUUGUUUCACAAGAUGUUAAUGUUUAAUUACAAUUUUUAAAAUUAGAAAUCUCUAAUCAACAUAAAAAUCCACUUAAUUUAUUUACUGCUUCAAUUUUAAUUUAACUUAAAAAAUAUAUAUAUAUUCUUUUGCCAAAAAAUAAUGUCUGUUUUUAUUUGCAUUUAUUAUUAUUUUGUAUUUAAAAUAUUUUUAAUUUAAAUUAAAAUUUUUAAGGAAACUAAAUUUAUGUAACAUCGUCAUAUUCCUUUUAUUUAAAAAAAAUAAUGUAUAAUAAUAAAAUUUUUUUCGUUUAGAAAUAAUUUUUUUUCAUAAUUUUUGAAUGCUUUUGUAAUCUAGGACAUAUAGUCUGUGAUAAGAGGUGUGACUUUGCGAAUAUUUGAAUUAUAUAUGAUAUUGAAGCAAUAAACCUUGAAAAUUAUAUUGAUACAAUCAAUAAACAAUCUGAACUGUUA